AUGGCAGGCUGGAGAUUCCGUGAGCUCCUAAAGAAGUACGGGAAGGUGGCCUUGGGUGUCCACUUCUCGGUCUCUGCGGCUUCCAUCACUAGACUCUACGUCGCCAUCAAGAACAACGUCGAUGUCGAGUCCCUGCUCGAGAAAUUGUACAUGGGUGGUGUUGGCUCCUCCAACAAGGAUCACGCUCCCCCUGAAGCUUCUUCUUCUUCCGAUGGGUUUGUGGUUGAGAAUGAGAGACCAACUUCAGAGUCUCAAUCGAUGGUGGUUAUGGAGAAGAAGAAGCGGAAUCGAGUGGCCGAUCUCACUGCCUUGACCAGUGGGGCCCUGGCUUUGGCUAUACACUAUAACAAGGCUUUGUUUCCGAUUCGGGUUCCCAUUACCUGCUUCCAAUCUCGAGUCAAGUCGGCCCAUAUCCGAUUGGUUUGUUCUUGA